UGAGCAAGAUGGCGUCCAGCAGAAACGUGUUAGCAGAGUCUCUUUGUUGAGUUGAAAAUGUGUAAAGUCCAGAUGCUGAGAGCGUUGGUGAAGCAGCGACUAACUGCGGCUGCUGAAGAGAUAUGUGGGCUGUUUGAAAGAACGAUAGCAGAGUACGAGGAGGAACUCUCUCGAUCAAAAGAGGAGAACGAGCGACAACAGAAACUACUGGACGCUGUUUUACACCCUCAGCUUCAGUUACACAGAGCAGACGUCCAGAAGCUGUUGGUGGUUAAAGAAGAGGUUCCCCCUGAGCAGCAGGAGCGGAGCACCAGUCCGGUCCAGGAGGACCCAGAGCCUCCACACAUUAAAGAGGAACCAGAGGACUUCUGGACCAGUCAGGAGGGAGAGCAGCUUCAAGGGCUGGAGGAGGCUGAUAUCACUAAGUGCACAUUCACUGUCCUUGUGAAGAGUGAAGAAAAUGAUGAAGAAAAACCUCAGUCCUCACAGCUUCAUCAAAGACAAACUGAACAGAUGGAAACAGAAGCUGAUGGAGAGGACUGUGGAGGACCAGAACCAGCCAGGAACUCAGAUCAAGAUACACAUUUACAACCAGCUACUGAUGACAAGACUUCACCGUCCUCUGAGAGUGAUGACAGUAGCGAAUGGGAGGAGACUGAGGAACCUCAAUCAGGUUUAAACCCUCUGCAAAACAGUGAAGUACCUCUAAGUGAAUGUAAUACUGGAAAAACGUCAGUUAGCUCCUCUGAAUGUGCUAGGAGAUUUGGCCAAAAGGGACGUGUGCAGAAAAAAACUGGAUUCCAAACAGGAGAGAAACCCUUCAGUUGCUCAGUUUGUGGUAAAAAAUUCACAUUAAAGCAAAAUCUAAAACGACACUCGACUGUCCACACGGGGGAGAAAACAUUUAGUUGCUCAGUUUGUAGUAAAGGUUUUUCCCGGAAGUACUCCUUAAUGGCUCAUAUGAAACUUCAUUCAGAAGGAGAGCGUUUCACCUGCUCAGUUUGUGAAACUCGUUGCGAUACCCGUGGCACUUUCAUUAAACACAUGAGAAUCCAUCCUCGGGAGAAACCGUUCAGUUGUUCAGUUUGUAGUAAAACAUUCGCACAAAAGAAGACUCUGACUCGACACUUGUUCGUCCACACUGGGGAAAAACCAUUUAAUUGUUCAGCUUGCGGUAAAAAUUUCACACAAAAGGGACAUCUGAUACGACACGCGUGUGUCCAUGAAGGGGAGAAAGAUUUCAGUUGCAGCGUUUGUGAUAAAAGAUUCUCUCGGCGCUAUCAUGUCAAAAAACACAAGUGUGUUGGUGAGAGCGGCAUCAAUAAGUGAAGCUGCAGAGAUGCUUGUUAAGGCUUUUCCAGCAGGAUUAAAGUACUGAGGGGAAGAUUUGGUUCAACACUGAUCAGCUAGAAAGGUUGAUACAGACUCCAGUCUACGUUUUUCAGUUAAUUAGCUACACAAUCAUUGUAAUUCUGUUGUUAUUUGGUAGACAUUGUAUUGUUUUGAUUUGUCUGAAAGUAGUUCCAUGUACAGCACUAUGGUCAACAUUUUUUGUUUAACAACGGGAUUGAUGAUUAAAUGACUCCCAUUAACACUGUUUAUUUCUAAUUUAACGGACUCUCCUGGUCUUGAAAUGAUCUUUUAUCAUUAGUAAAACAGGAACAGUUGAUUCUUGAAGUGCUCAUACUGUUUUUGGUGUUAUUUUGGUCAGAUCACAAGUCUUCAGACAAACUUUGAUAGGACACAGUUCAACAGCUGAGGUGUUUAGAUUUACACAGUUAACUUUAAAAUGUUGAUUUAGGAUUCAAAUGUCAGUGUUAUGAAUGAAGUUUCCGAACUGUUCGGUACGUUCCUAGAGUUGUUUUAAAUAGAUGAGUUUCAUAUUCUGUUUACUGAUUAAGCGGUCACCCUGUUUACUACACACAAUCUAAACUGAGAACAAAGUUUUUUUCAAAUACCCAGUUCAACCCAAAACAAACGAAAUUCACUACAAAAUAACGAGUGAUUUUUACCCUUCCAGUAAAGCUUUAAGAUUAAGAUUUGGCUUUGAGAGCAAUGAGUGUGUUUUCUAUAAAGGUGAUGUAAAAGUAAA